UGGGUGAUGAUCCCUAUUCUCAAGCAGCUCUAUCAGAAGACCGUUAUUUUCGCAGAGUCUCAUCUUCUCUGUCUCUCUCUCUGCCUCUGGUUUUUGAUACUACCUUUUGAAGUUUUUUUCUUUCUUUCUUGAGAGGGUCCUUUUUAAGAUCUCCCUCCAUGGUUAGUAUCCGCUUGGCGUUUGAAUUUGCUUCUUUAGGAUGGGAAGGGUAAAAUUGAAGAUAAAGAAGUUAGAGAAUACAAACGGACGCCAAGCAACGUUUGCUAAAAGGAAAAAUGGGAUCUUGAAAAAGGCUAAUGAGCUUUCCAUUCUCUGUGACAUUGAUCUUAUUCUUCUUAUGUUCUCUCCUGCUGGUAAAGCUUCACUAUGUUGCGGUCAUAGAAGUAGCAUUGAAGAGGUGAUUGCUAAGUUUUCUCAAGUAACACCGGAGGAAAGAACAAAAAAGAAGGUCGAGAGUCUUGAAACCUUGAAGAAAACGUUCUUAAAGUUGGAUCACAAUGUAAAUAUAAGAGAACUAAUAGCCUCAAGUAAUUCAACAACAGAGGACUUGAGUACUCAAGCAAGUGUCUUGCAAGCUCGGAUAUCUGAGAUACAUGGAAGAUUAAGUUACUGGACAGAACUUGAUAAGAUAAACAACGUUGACCACUUGGGACAGCUCGAGAUUUCCAUCAGGCAAUCCCUUGAUCAACUGCGUGCGCAUAAGGAACAUUUGGGGCAGCAGCAGCAGCAGCAACAAGCAAUGCAAAUCGAGAACGCAAACUUCGUUAAAGAUUGGUCAAUCUGCUCGUUGCAAGAUGGGAUUGAGAUUCCUUUAGAACAACAGCUUCAGUCCAUGUCAUGGAUACUCAAUAGCAACAACACCACCAACAUUGUCACCGAGGAACACAAUCCAAUCCCACAAAGGGAAGUUGAGUGCUCUGCAAGUUCUUCAUUUGGGAGCUAUCCAGGCUUUCUUGAUGAAUUAACAACCACUACCAACGGAGAUAUCAAACCGCAAAUAAACAUGCAGCAGCCAUUCACUAAUAACAACAUGAUCUCAUACAAUCCGAAUAUCCAGAACGAUGUGAAGCCCCACCACCAAACGUAUCCUCCUCCUCCUCUUCCUCAUCCUCCGGUUUUUAACUUUCCAAUGAACCAGAGAGACUAUCAUAUGAAUGGAUUCUUCGAAGCACCACCACCACCACCUGGAACUUCUGCUUACAACAACAACAACAACAACAACAACAACAACAGCCAGGCAAGGUUUGGUUCUAGCAGCAGCUCCUUGCCUUGCUCAAUCUCCAUGUUGGACGAAUACUUGUUCUCCCAGAUGCAGCAACCGAACUGAGAGAGAGAGGGAUUUGAUGAAUGAUGAUAGAACAUUCUCAUUGUAGAAGUCAGUCACCAGUAUUGUUUUGUUCAGAACCAGCAAGAAGUAAAACAAAAGACUUGCAGGUUUCUGAACUGGUUCCAAGAAGAAGGCAAAAACCAGUGGUGGAACUCCGGUAGAUAUGUUUAGUGUAUAAUGUCUCUUUGGAGGCUGUCAAAGUAACGCCAUGACGGCCAAAUCUCUAUUCUUCCCCUUCCUACAAAAUUAUAGCUUUUAUCUUUCUUUCUUUUUUCCAUUCUUUGUAAUACAAAAAAACAAACAAUGUUUAUUAAUUAAUUUAAACAAAAAAGCAUUUAUAUGUAA